UAUGUCACGUCAGCUCACUGCUGUUGUUGUUGAAUGUUGAUAUUUUAAUAAUUUUUUUAAAAUUAUGUCUACACACAUGCGAAAAGUGCUAAAAGGUAAUUUCCCGAAAGAAGCCCUGGAAAAAAUGAGCCGAAAACGCCUGGAAAAAUUAGUAUUGGAACUAGUGGAGUGCAGCAGUUCGAAAAGUGGGGCCAAAGACUUUAAGGGGCUCUACAGGGGGCUGUGCCUCAAGCAAAUCAAUACUCCGGAAUGGUGGCCUUCCGAACAAAUAAUUUCGCAAAGCCUUACUGCUGACGGUAAGUGUUUGAUGGGCAUUUUGAGGUUCCUUGUGUACAAAUGCUGCCAGUUUUUCCAAAAGACCCAGUACAAGGAGAGCCUCAAUAAUUUCACCAAGCCUCAAGUUACUAGUAAACGUAGGACUUUGAUUCCUCAAAAUUUAGCUCCGAAAUCAAAAAGGGCUUCGCCUGUAGACUCAAUAAACUACAACCCAGUUGUUUCUCUAAUAAACGUUUUACUGCCAGAAAAACCUAUUACACAAGAAAGCUUUUUGGAUGGUUUUGGCCUGCAAAGCACCUUCAAUCCGAUUAUAGGUGAAGAGCCUACAAUAACUCCAACUAAUAAUUCAAUUAAAUUCAACAACACUUCCAAUAUACCGUUUUCAUCUGAUUUGGGACGCGAACUAAUGAAAAGGGACAACCAUUUCUGUCCAGAAGCCCUUAGAGCCCGCAGGCUGGAAAAAUUUGAAUGGUACGUCAACAAACCCAUUGUCAAUCGACCCAACAAUAUCAAAUACGAAGUAACUUAUCAAGAAAAAAAGGAUUGGCUUUUGGACCGCAAGUUUAAGUAUCCUAAGAGGCAAAUUUGGCAACAUCCCGGUGACACUGACUUCCAGAAAAAGGCCUUGUUAUGUCGCAGACUUAAAGUUUUAGUUUUGAAACAGGAUUUGAGUAAGUUGCAAAGAAAAUUGCGUGUUGUUUUAAGCCGAGUGCCCACAAAUGAGUCUAUUAUUGAGAGAAUGAAAAUUAAAGCUUUAAAAAUGAGAGCCAGAUCUGAGAGGCUCUCAGUUAAGGCUUUGAGGGUGAGAAACAAAUGAUCAGAUUUAAUGAUACUCAAUUCUACAUCCAUUUAAGUAAGAGUUGAGUAGGUAUUAAGUAAUUUUUUCUAAAUACUCCUCAUUGUUUCUCUAUAAUUUAUUGAUCUUCCUAUUUACAACAAAUAAUUAUUGUUAAGUUACAUUGCAUUAAUCAAUAUUCAAUAUUGUUAUCAUAGUUUUUAUUCUUGUAUUAACUCUUUCAGGGGCAGGAUAUUUAGGUAAAAAAAAGUCCUAGAGGGGCACCCACUCAAAAACCGUAUAUUUGUAUUUUCUGGCAUACAAUGAACAAAAUAUGAAUCCUAAAAAAAUAAAAACUCAAAAAAACAUAAAAAAAUCCCAAAAUUUUGAAAAAAAAAUAUGUGGUUUAAUUUUUGUACCACUACACACAAUCCAAGAAAACCGAAAUUUUCUCAAUUAUUUUGUAGGUGGUAAUUUUGAAAACAUGUUUUGUUUUUUCCGAGGCAAAGAGGUACAUCACAAAUGGAACAUACCCAGUCAGUCCUAAUUUGUUUUUUUGAGGUGCUACAAAGCGCACAGCGACGUCUGGUGUCCCUUUUUGGUCGAUGUGCACUUUCACUUGUGCGUAUUUCUGGAGGAACAAAAGGUUUAUUUUUUUUUACGGUAAUAGUAUUUGGUGUUGUCGAUUGUUUUCUCUUAAUUACGGUUUCGGUCGUUAAAAAUGUUAUUACUUCUCUUCUAAACUCUUUCAUAGUUUUUUUUGGCAAAUUCAAUUCUUUGUAUAGAACAAAAGCGUUGACUAUUGCAGCAUCAAGAAUAUAGAAAAAGAUUCUGUGCCACCAUUUCCUGGAUUUUCUGUCAAUCUUAUAAACAUUAAGGUUUUGGUCAAACUUGUCAACAAAGUUCAUAUUUUUGUUGUAAUCUGUCAACAUAACUGGGCAGGCCACAUUUUCAAUGACACCGGUUUUAUUUUUUCGUGGAACCUCAGUGAAAUCUUUCGGAUCGUGAAAAUUUGAUAGCAAAUGGACGCUUCGCUUGUCUCGCCAUUUUAUUGCUACCAAUUCAGUGUUUGAGGUGAAAAUUUCAGAUUCUCCUCUUUUGAAAUAUAUGUCACCCUUGAAAUUUGGUAGCAAUCUUCUGUUCGCGUUCACUGUACCACAAGCAUGAAUAUUCUUUUUUUUCAGAUCUUCGAGUAGCUCGACACCAUUGAAAAAAUUAUUAAAGUAAACCACGUGAUGUUUGUCCUCUAAACCUUCCAAUAAAUUCUUUACUACUCUCGCUCCUAAACUUUUCUCGCUAUCAUCUGAUUUGCCAGUAUAAAUUUGAAACCUCUGACAAUAUCCAUUUUUAUCUGCCAAUAUCCACACUUUAUAACCCCUCUUUAUUGGCUUUUUUGGUAGGUAUUGUUUGAGACUGCUUCUGCCCUUGAAUUUGAUCAUAGAUUCGUCGAUUGAAAGUUCUAUGGUUGGGAACAUACACCUCUCAAAAUUUGAGGAUAUGGUUUUUAGAAGCGGUCUCAAUUUGUAAAGCUUGUCAUAGCCAGGGAAUCCCUUUUUGGGCAUCAUGACAUUAUCAUUCAAAUGGAAGUUUGAAAGAAUCCAGCUAAACCGUUUUACGGGCAUCAAAGAACUUAUAUACGGGUCAUGACAGUCUGGAAAAUUACUCCAGUGAUCUCUGUAACUGGGAAGACGCUUCAGUCCCAUCAACAAAUUUAUAGCAAGAAAAGUUUUUAUUUCCUGUCUGUUUAUAACUUUCGGCUUAGUUGAAGUUUGUUGGCUAUACAGAUUUGUUUGGAAAACAAUGGAGUCUAGUACUUCGUCAGUGAAAAAUAGCUGAAAAAGUUUUCCGGGCGUUGGAUUAUCGAUAUUUUUCACGAUAUCUGUAAUUCCAUAAUCGCCAAUAAAAUCGGCUGGUUUCUGGGGACACGAAAGCUUCGACCAAUCACGAAUUUGGGGGAGAGGUGACGAUGGUUUCAAUUUAGACCGUAAAACAGAAAGAGGCAGAUCAUCUUCUGAGUCGCUGUCUGGUUCGGGUUCCAUCAGAAUCAUGUCAGUCUCAGUUUCGUCUGCUUCAUCCUCGGAGUUAUCGACGAUUGAUUCUGGAUCAGAUGGAAUUCCUACAUCCUCAACUUCCUCCAUUAGCUCCCUGUAUGACAUUCCACGUAAUCUAAAUGGUAGGUCGUCCAUUUUGCCUGAAAAUAUUUAUUUUUUUAGUAUGGAAACUGGUUCAAUAUUUUUUCUGUUAUUGGGCGGUGGUACAAUUAUCAUACCACGACAUAUACAAAAAAACUGGACACUGAAGAUAAAAAAAUCAUCACUUCUACGAACAUAAUAAUGUCAAGUAUACCACUGCCAGUACAUCUAAGAUAUCAAUGUUAAUAAAUAAUAAAUUUGUGCUUACCUUUUCAACUUACUUCUUUGUAAACAAAAAAAAAAAAAACAGUAAAAUUGUGUUUGCCGCGCGAAUUUAUAACCUCAAACGCGUGUUAGUUUGUCUAUAACCGGGUAACCACUAAAUUUACGUUAGAGAUGCGCGUGCGAAUGCUUCUGCGCUGUUGGUCGACAAUUUGAACCGCCGCACAAUAAGUUACUUGCAUUUGAAUAAGUGGUAUCUUCUGUGAACCACCGCUCAACUAGAAUCAUAUUUGUUUGGGUAUAAAUUAUGUACCACUGUUCCUGAAAGAGUUAAUUGCAUUAUUCUUAACUUAUAGAAUUUAUUGACUGUUGGUAUAUUAUUAUAAAACACAAUUUGGUACUGAUGUAAGAGAAAGUGCUGACUGAUGUACAAAAAAAAAAAUAUUCCCUGUAGGUACUUAAUUUAUUAUAGAAGAAGCCUAUAGAGAACAGCAUGAAAUAAAAUAUAUUAUAACAAAUCAGUCUUUUUACAAGCAAAAAUAUUUGUUACUUACUUAUAGUUAAACAGAGUGUACCCUGGAGCUAGUUUGUUUUUAAGUUCCACUUUUUCAAUAAAUCCCUCCUUCAAAAAAUUUACCCCACUAUCAUUUGCCCUGAUUUCCAAUGAUUGCGAAAUUUCUAGAAUAAAUUUUAUGUUUCUAAAAUUAGAGGAUUUUUUAUGUUUUAUUUACUCCUUGAGAAAAUUAUCGCACCGCACCAAUGCAUAUAAACUCCAUAAGCAGUGGUGCGAUAAUUUUGUCCAGGAGUAUAUUUUGUGGUUUUACUAUAUAGAAAACAGAAAACAGGGUUGAAUAUCUUAAAGAAUAUCAUAAAUAUUCAAUAACUAUUUUUUUUUGUUGCCUUAUUUUCUUAAUUUUUCUGUAGUUUUGUCUAUUUUGGGCUAUCUUUUCCUCUAAUUUCCCUUCUCAAUUUUUUCAUCUGAAUUUUUGUCUAAUCUUGGCUUCGGAAUUUUUAUUUUAUUCUAAAUUUCUUUAAAUAAAGAAAAUUCUAAGAAUAGAGUGAAUACACUAGCCUGGAAUAGGAAAACUAUAUCCAUUCUUAUCUAAAAUCUAGAUUUUAGAAGUUGAUUUUCAAAAAUUUUUGGUGUUGAUGUUUUUCACUGAAUCAAAUUAAAACUUCACUUGAAUAAGCUCCCAUUCUUCCUCUUUUCAUUCAGAAAAUUUCAAAAUUAUUCCUGUAACAGUUUUCCAGAAAAAAAAAUCAAAUAUACGAGACUGCUUUUUGUAAAAUCUAGUUUCUGGAAGUUGAUUUUCAAGAAUUUUUCGUGUUGGUGUCUUUCACUAAAUCAAUUCCAAGUUUCUUUUAAAUGAGCUCCCAUUCUUACUCUUUUCAUCCAGAAAAUUUCACAGUUAUUCCUGCAACAGUUUUCCAGGAAAACUGUGAAAUGUGUGAGACUGUAUUCUCAAUUAAUUCAGUUAUUGUUAGUUGAUUUUCAAUAUUUUGCAUGUUGUUAUUUUCCUCUGGAAAAAUUUGAAAUUUUCUUUUUCUCACAUUUCAAAGUUUUCCUAGAAAACUAGUGAAAGGAAAAAUUUGAAACUUUUUGUAUGUAAAGAGGAAGUUCAGAGGCUCAUUUUCCUGUAAUUUCAAUUUUUUCCAGGAAAACUUUGAAAUGUGUCAGACGAUAUUUUUAACUAAGUAAUUUAGUUUUUGUAAGUUGAUCUUCAAGAUUCCUUAUGUUAUUUUCCGCUGGAAAAAUUUAAAAUUUUGGGAAAAUGAGCUUUUCACCUUCCUCUUCACAUGCUGAAAGUUUCAAAAUUUUCCCUUUACUAGUUUUCCACAAAAACUUUCAAAUGUGUAAGACUGUAUUUUCAAUUGAUUCAAUUAUUGGGGGUUUAUUUCCAAGAUUCUUCAGUUUGUUAUUUUUCACUGGAAAAAUUUGAAAUAUUGUGAAAAUGAGUCUCUGACCUUCCUUUUCAAAUAUAAAAAGUUUCAAAAUUUUCCCUUAAUUAGUUUUCCAAGGAAACUUUGAAUUAUGUGAGACUGUAUUAACAAUUGUUUAGUUUUUUAAGGUGAUUUCCAAGAUUGUUCAUGUUGUUAUUUUCCACUGGAAAAAUUUGAAAUUUUGGGAAAAUGAGCUUCUCCUCUUACUCUUUACAUGCAAAAAGUUUCAAAAUUUUCCCUUCACUAGUUUUCCAGGAAAACAUGGAAUUGUGUGAGACAGUAUUCUUAAUUAAUUCAGUUAUUGUAGGUUUUUUCCUGGAAAACUAGCGAAAGGAAAAAUUUGAAACUUUUUGUAUGUAAAGGAAGUUUAGAGGCUCAUUUUCCCAUAAUUUAAAUUUUUUCCAGUGGAAAACAGCAACAUGAAGAAUCUUGGAAAUCAACCUACAAAAUCUGAAUUAGUUAAAAAUACAGUCUCCCACAUUUCAAAGUUUUCUUGAAAAACUAGUAAGAGGAAAAUUUGAAACUUUCGCAUUUAAAGAGAAAGGAGAGAAGCUCAUUUUCCCAAAAUUUCAAAUUUUUCCAGAGGAAAAUAACAACAUGAAGAAUCUUAUAAAUCAACCUCCAAUAACUGAAUUAAUGGAAAAUACAGUCUUAAACAUUUCAAAGUUUUCCUGGAAAACUAGUGAAGGCAAAAUUUUGAAACUUUUUGCAUGUGAAGAGGAAGGUGAGAAACUUAUUUUCCCAAAAUUUUAAAUUUUUCUAGUGGAAAAUAACAACAUGAAAAAUUUUGGAAAUCAACUUACAAAAAUUAAAAUAAUUGUUUAUACAGUCUCACACAUUUUAAAGUUUUCCUGGAAAACUAAUUAAGGGAAAAUUUUGAAACUUUUUAUAUGUGAAGAGGAAGGUCAGAGGCUCAUUUUCCCAAAAUUUCAAAUUUUUCCAGUGGAAAAUAACAAUAUGAAGAAUCUUGGAAAUCAGCUUACAAAAACUCUACUCAUUAUUGUUUUGAAUUUUCCAAAUUUGGACCUGUAAAUCAUGAAGUGAAAUUUUGGGAGAAUUUCUUUAAUGAAAAUGAAUUUCCAACGUUCAACACAAAACUAGAUUUUUUUUUUUAAUUUCCAUUUUUUAGUACCUAUUUCUUAUAAUAAGAAUGUGACGUCAUGACUCUACAAUUUCCUUUAAAUUCCUCCACAUUUCCCAUUUUCUACGAAUUCCCCAAAUUCUCAUAAAUUCCGAUGAUUUCUCUCAAAUUCCCUACAAAUUCCUCUAAAUUCCCACAUUUUUGGCAAAUAAUUCCUAGGUGGUUUGCCCCUUGUCUACAUCCCAGAAUUUUAAUGCAUUCAGAGAAAUUUGCACGCAAGGCUCUCGACACAUUUCUUCUGGUCCACUUCCAUUCAUCACUAUCUAAUUCAUCCCAGAAAAGUCAUUAACAUGUGGAAACCCCCCAGUCGUAUGAUUAGAGCUUUGAGGUUGCUAUCACCUUCUGUUGCUAACUGUUGAUUUUUGGAGAUUUCUCUUGAUUUUUUAAAAAUGUAUCCUGAUUUAACUAGAUUACUAGCGUUAAUUACUAGUGAUUUAUUGUGAUUUGAAAGGAUUUUUAUUGAUUUCAAAAAUUAGCUGAUUUUUAUAGAUUUAUUCAAGAUUUCAAUUUAUUUACCUAUUUCAGAUUUGUACACUGAUCUAAUAGGAUUAUCAAAACUAUGUUCAUAAAUAAAAGUACAUGAUAAUUGGUUCCUCUUUGUUUAAAAAGUCUUUCAAUAUUUUAACUCUUUAUUAUUAAAUAGGUAGAUAUUUUUUUAUUAUUUAAAUACAUAAGUAGAUUUUAAUGUUUCUAGAAUCAUCUAGAAUGAUCUUUUGAGGGUGCUUUUUCAUAUUGAAAAGCCUAUUAUUAAGUAUAUUAUUUAUUUUUUAAUUAUAUCAACCCACAUUUAAGAGUAUACAUAUUUUUACAAGUUAAUCCAUUAUUGAAGUAUUAUUUUAUUUAUUAUCGAUAUGUACUUAGUUACUAGAAUAAAAAUACAGUUUUGUUCAUAAAUAACUACAACAUUUUUUGUGCUAGAGUUAAGUUUUUGAAAAAGUUAUUUUGUUUUCAGUUUUAAAGGUUUUUGUAAAGUUAUAUCAUUAUUAAAUUUGGAAUAUAGAACAAAAUUUGUUAGUUUAUAUGAAUAAUACUGUACCUAAAAAAAAACUGUUUUUAUUUAUUUGACGUAAUCUCUCUUUACGCAACAAUAUGUGAUUAUAGAUAGAUAUUUUUGGAAUAUUGUUGAUCUAAAUAAAAUAUUACUUUUUUUCUAAUAACAUUUGUGU